GGAACCAAAGCAGAGCUAUCACAGUCUUGGAAGACAAAAAUCUAUUUGCAGUUUCAAGCACUGGGUCACAGGCCACGGGUGACACCAUGGAAGAAAUUGACCACAGAGAGCUUAUCCCUGACCUGCAGCACGUUACUCUUCUACAAGCAGAUUUAUGAGGAGGGUCUGGGAUGAUACAAAGAUUUAUGGAAGAUUUGGGAACAAUAUGCUCUCAAGUUACCAGCAAAACAGUGAAAUGUUGGUGUAACGUAGUAUGUUGUACAUAUCGUCACUGAUGUUUUAAUAGUAUAAAAUAGAAGUUUAAUAACUGGAUCUGAUAAUUAGUUUAUCCAAAUUAAUUUUAUUUUUCAGUAAUAAUACAGAAUACCAAGUUAUUAGGCAGUGCACAUUGAAUAAGCAGAGAAAAUUUGAAACUGAGAAAUGCCUGAAAUCAUCAAACUACUUACAGGUUUCAAAAAGUCAAAGUUUUGUCGAUAGCGGUUUGUUCAGCGCAUGUCUAUUUGCAUCACAUUGACCGAGAAUCCAGCCUUCGUGGGUGCACUUACCGCCAUACUGAGAAGUUCAAACUAAAGAGGGCGUUUCCAGUUCGUUCCCUUCUAGUUCUGUAUUAUUUCUAUGUUUCACAACUUACCCGUUAGGUCCUAUGUUUGUAGUUAGUACUGUAGAUCCCACUCUCCUCUCCUGUCCUAAAGGACUAUAUUUUAUAACGCAAAUCUUUUUUUGUAGUUACAUAUUGUUGCACGUUUUUACAGAGCAAUAAACACCACUGACAUUUUGAUGGUUUUGUAUUAUCUGUAUUGUCUGUUUAUAUCUAGAUCCAGCUGUGAUUGACAAUCCAGGUGCGGAUUCCUUGGAUGCAUAAUGUUUCUUGCCAUCGAAGAAAGUACUAUGUCACUUUAAAGUUUUUAUUAUUAUGAUUUAACUGAUGAAUUAUUCUCUUUCGAAAAAAAAAAUUAUAACGCCUAUCUGACCCAGGAUAUAUUAACUGCCUACUCCAAAGGGUCACAGGAAGCCUGAAGCCUAUCCCAAGCAACACAGUACAGAAGACUGGGGUACAGUAUGUACAAGAUGCCAGUGGAGGCAGUUUUCAUUACACUGCUUUUAUGCAGGGCCAUUCAUCUGGCUAAUUAGUAGGCCUGGCAAUGGGCGGCAACAAAAGCAAGUGUAGGGAAGCAGGACAGAGGCCUCGGAGCCUGGACGGCAUUAUGGGCCCUGGAGGCAACCUCCAUUAUCCAGGCCAAAUGCCCAGCAAGAGUGCCCCCACCGGGGACAGCGGCUGGAGCGAGCAGCCCCCCAAGAAGGCAGAUCUGCCCUUGUUCGGGGGCGUCGAUCCCAGUGGCAUCCCCAGCUCCGGGGCCCAAAGUGGCCACCUUGCAGGAGCUGUCACUACUUUCGUAGCCUUGUAUGACUAUGAAUCACGCACGGCUUCAGAUCUGACUUUCAAGAAAGGCGAAAGACUGCAGAUCCUCAAUAACACGGAGGGGGAUUGGUGGCUCGCACGCUCACUGACCACUGGGGGGAGUGGCUACAUUCCCAGCAACUACAUAGCCCCUUCGGACUCCAUCCAGGCUGAAGAGUGGUUCUUUGGAAGUAUUACUCGCCGUGAGUCGGAGAGGCUCCUCUUGAGCUCUGAAAGUAGAGGAACAUUCCUCGUGAGAGAAAGUGAGACCACCAAGGGUGCUUACUGCCUAUCUGUUCUGGACAAUGAUGUCAUUAAGGGCUUCAAUGUCAAACACUAUAAGAGCCGCAAGCUGGACAGCGGCGGCUUCUACAUCACGUCACGAGCGCAGUUCCAGACUCUGCAGCAGCUGGUCAGCCACUACCGCAAAAAUGCAGACGGCCUCUGCUAUUGCCUGACGGACGUGUGUCCAGUCCUGAAGCCUCAAACCCAGGGCCUGUCCCGGGAUGCCUGGGAAAUACCGCGUAGCUCCCUGCGGCUGGAUGUAAAACUGGGGCAGGGCUGCUUUGGGGAGGUCUGGAUGGGAACUUGGAAUGGCACAACACGCGUGGCCAUAAAGACUCUAAAACCAGGAACCAUGUCCCCGGAAGCUUUUCUCCAAGAGGCUCAGAUCAUGAAGAAGCUCCGGCAUGAGAAAUUGGUGCAGCUUUACGCUGUGGUGUCUGAGGAGCCCAUCUACAUCGUCACGGAGUACAUGGCCAAAGGAAGCUUGCUAGAUUUUCUUAAAGGAGACACAGGGAAGAUGCUGAGGCUACCACAGUUGGUGGAUAUGGCAUCACAGAUUGCUGCUGGAAUGGCCUAUGUGGAGAGGAUGAACUAUGUGCACAGGGACCUCAGGGCAGCCAAUAUCCUGGUGGGGGAAAAGAUGCAAUGCAAGGUGGCCGACUUUGGCCUCGCACGACUCAUCGAGGACAACGAGUACACGGCCAGACAAGGAGCAAAGUUCCCCAUCAAGUGGACGGCACCAGAAGCUGCGAUGUAUGGCCGCUUCACUAUCAAGUCAGAUGUCUGGUCCUUUGGGAUCCUUCUUACAGAGCUGAUGACCAAGGGCAGAGUGCCAUACCCAGGGAUGGUGAACCGAGAGGUUCUGGAUCAGGUGGAGAGAGGCUACCGGAUGCCAUGCCCUGCCGAGUGCCCGGAGUCCCUGCAUGACCUGAUGCUGACCUGCUGGCGGCGGGAAGCAGAAGAACGACCCACCUUUGAGUAUCUGCAGGGCUUCUUGGAGGACUACUUCACCUCCACCGAGCCCCAGUACCAGCCUGGAGAGAACCUUUAGGACUUCUGGGAUGCCAUUAGUUGAGAUGGGAGUGAAUCAUGUCACUUCAGACCAAGCCAAAGUUCUGCCAGUGUGAGCUCUCCUCCAGCUAACUUUUAACCUUUACUGUUCUAGUAGAGACAAGCCAGAGGCUCAUUCCACCAUCGCCCUCCCGACCCCCCCAACGUAAUGCCGCUUUCUUCCCGUGCAGCUUUUGAAAUCUGCAGUUUCUUUCUCUGAGAUGCCUCGAUUAUUUUUGCAUUACUGGGAGCAAUAUGCCUUUUGUCAUGAUGUUAUGGUUCAUAGCGAUUAGCAGAACCAGAGACCACACAAAUCUGCCCCUUAAUUGCAAAGCUGUUAUCUCCUUCUCUCCUCGUCAAUGCUCCAGUGUCAGCAUUGUUGUAAUUAUAGAUGAAUGUUUGUCUGUAGACACACUGUUUUCCUAAUUUCUCCUCUACAGAUAGUUUAAUAUAAAGACAAAUAAAAAAAUGCAAUGUUUACAUUUCCUACUAUGGACAAUGAUAGAACUUCAUUGAUCUCUAAUGACACGUUUCCGUUGUCCAGCAAAAAAGAAAAAAAUAAUAAUAAAACUAAAUUAACAAUAACAAGAAUGUAUAGUACAGUGCAGGUGGUACAAGUGAGGUAGAAACAUGUGGCUUGGAGACAGUGAUUGCAGGAAGCACAUGGGUCACAUGGGUGACACGGCAUCCAUCCGCGCAUCAUGAGGUGAUGAGAUUGUCGCUGAAGAUGCUCCUCACAUGUUCCAGCUCUCUGAGGAGGACAGUUUGGGUACCAUUCGUGCUUCCAUUGCCACUUCCUGACUGUGUCCCGGAAACAGUUUGAAAAACUCCAGAGGAAGAACAACAGCAUUGUUUCUGACCCUCGCAGGCAGAUGUUACCAAAAAACUAAGAGUUGUAUAAUUCAAUAAUUGUUGUAAGAAUAUAUCGGUAGUAUUUGUUUUACCAGUUAGUUUUGUAUUUUUUGAAAUUUGAGGUAUAAUGAAAAGCAUAUUUUCUGUAUAUUUUAAAUGUGCCUUUCUUUGUCAGUGAACAACAUACAAAUGACACUUAAUGAGUCAUAACUGCAGAGUUACAUUAAUGGAAAUGAGACAUGGAAAUAUGUUUUAUUCAGGUGGGGGGGGGAGGGGUUGAGGGGUCAAGGUCCCUUGGCUUCUAAUUUUACUGAAUGGAAAAACUCCUCAAAAAUAUUUGUUAAAACUACUGAUCGUUUGAUCUGGUUACAUAGUUUGUAGUGAGAAUAAAAGCAUCUGAGCACUUUUGCUGAGAAAAGUCAUAUAUUUUUAUACUUUAUUUUUAUGUGUGUGUGGUGGAUGAGGGCCUGUAGCAGAUAUAUUUCAUAAUUAUCUAGAUAUUCUGAUUCUGGUGCGGCGAUACAGGAUGACUUCUGUAUGCUUUUUGGUAAAUCUGUCCAAACUGUAUAUGGGAAGGGUUGUGCAUUCAACAAUGUAAAUAAAGCAAUUGCAGUGUAAGUAUAGCUUAACAUUUUUUCUUUGAAUUCUAUUAAAGUGCCGGAUGCCAUUCUGGAA